GGUUCUGCAAUAAUUAGUUUCACAUCCAAACGUUCUCCCAAAGCCGACGACAUGGAAGCUUACCCCGUAGGCAAGAGAUAAAACCGUCUCUUAAAACCUGUGGGAAAGCUUUUCUAGUAAAUACUGCGCCUUCAACCACCUGUCAGUUGUUCAAAAAUGGAUUUUACCAGAAGCUCUCCUCAGGGGUAUGAAGACGAUGAUGUGUCAAGCAUAUCCAAAGAUUUCGUGCCAUCUCGCCCUGCCUCCCUUUAUGGAAAAUCGAAAAAGAUUAAGGUUGGAUUUUGCGAAAUUCGUCUAUUCUGGGCAAACUUGUUAUUUGCUUUUGUCGCCGUAGCCGGCCAAGUCGGUCAGAAUGUGUCGCUUCCACUCUGGAUCGACUCCGUAAAUGGAAAUCAUUCGGGAAAAUCAGUCGAUAGUUACUUUGUGCUGUCUUUUGCGAGUUUGUCGUUUGUCAUAAUAUUUGGACUGGGAACGUUGUUCGUUAAAAUCUUUUCGCCUCAACAUCUCGGAGAAACGGAAAAACGUUUUCCACACCUUCUGCUCUUUUUGGUUGGCCUGUGUGACGCUUUAAACGGAGCUCUGGUUGUAUUCGCGAGUAAAGGGUCAAGAACACCGCCAUACCUUCAAGCGAUUCUUGGAAACUUCCUGAUCCCUUUGACUAUUUUAUUCAGGUUGCUGAUUGUUCGAAAGAAGCCCACCCUGCUGAAGUUGUCCUGUGGUGUCAUCGUGGUUGUUGGUCUUUUCAUUUGCCUCAUCCCAACAAUUUUUCCCGAAGUUGAUCCCAAAGCCGAAAAAAGAAAAAACAAUGCUCAGGGUGUUUCCAGAGUAAUGUGGCCCAUAAUUUUCAUGCUUGGCUUCGUUCCAGCAGCCGUUAUGAACGUGAUCGAAGAAAAGGGAGUGAAGAUGGAAAGUCAAUCCUCAAAGAAAGGCAUCAACUUGUUGUAUUUUCUAUUUUGGACGUCUUCUUAUCAGCUACUCUGUGUGGGACUUUUGUUUUGGUUGGACAUUCUGCCGUGGUAUGGAAAUGUUAGCAAUAUCCAAGAGUUUGGGGAAAAUUGGUGGUUUGGAGUUCAAUGCUUCUUUGGCGCCGCAGGUUGUGACUCCACUUCAGGGACCAGAGGAACUAUAUUUAUUCUCAUGUACGUUUUAUCCUAUGUUGGUGGAGCCAAUCUACUGAGACACGCCGAGGGAGCCACUUGGCUGGCUAUUGUCACGUCACUCGUCACCCCGCUGGGAUUCAUUUUUUGGACGUUGUUCGACGAAUCACCAUUCAAAUGGCACCCUGCAGGUCACGUGAGCACCUGGUUCAGUAUCGGCGCGUUAGCGAUAAUGGUUCCCGCCAUUUUUGUUUACAACAUGGGUGCACCAGAGAUUUCGAUGAACGGGAACCACAGUGAGAAGUUUUAUCACCCCGAUUCUACUGACCGGUGUCAGUCAACAUUUGGAUCAACCCAAUUUCUUGUCCCAGAGGGCAGACAUCCUCCGAGCUCUUACACUUAAAGGACUUAUGAAAAAAACUGUAUUCAUUAGACCCGCGCUUCAUCAUGGCAAAUGUAAGACAAAGGGACAAAAACCUUGAGGCUGUUUCUCAAGAUUUCUUGUAGACAGCACCCAAUACAGUUUAUCCGAAAAAGGGUUAAUAUAUUGGAUUAAUAGCAGACAUAGCAUGUCUAGAAAUUUUUCCAGGGUAGGAAUUAGUUUGGAGAAUGAAUCUUUCUUCACACACCGUUAUAAGAUUUUCUUUAAACGCCAAAGUAGUAAGGCCAAUUUAACACACAGAGAUAGUAAAAUUGAUCAAAAACUGAAAAAACAAUGAUUUUAAAGCGAUUAAUUUUGCCCGAGCAGACCACAAUUUGGUGCAGAUGAGAUGACGAUCAAUUGAUUAAAAAAGAGGUUACGGAGAAUUUAUAGUAUAUGUCUAACUGCAUGUGUUGUUCU